GUGGGAAAGGGAGUGUGUGUUUUACUGAGACAGACCAAAGCAGGCACCGACUUUACAAUGCAUUGAAGACCUUCCCUUCUGAAGCUCCCUGUGAAAUGAAACAAUAAAGAAGAAAAUGCUUGUCAGCUGUUAGUUGGAUACCACUGCAAUUCCUCCUGACUGUUGUGGAGAAGAAGAUCUUGGCUCUGUAGCCUCCCCCUGUGAUUGGCUGUCACACUUUAGGCUCCCCCUCCUCUCUCUGACUCCCCUCUUCUCUCUCUCUCUCUCUCUCUCUCUCUCUCUCUCUCUCUCUCUCCUCUGCUACUAACCCCCUCCAUACUGUCCUCAGGCUCACCUGAGCCACAACUGCAGAAACGCUGGACCUCCUCCUCCACACACAUACACACACACACACACACACACACACACAAAAAAACACACACACACACACACACACACACACACACACACACACACACUUGCACGCUCUCUCUCUUUCUCUCUCUCAUGUACACACACUCAGCUUUUCACCUGGAGAGGGCAGGCGCAAGGGAAGGCAUGUGCAGCAGCAGCAGUCUCUCCUCACAUCUAGCGCUGCCUCUCUGAGUUGCUUCUUUCUGGAGAGUGGAGAGGAACUCUGAAAAAGAGAUUUUGGAGCCAUUGUCCCUUGGCGAAAGCAGGCGAGACAGGGGCAGUGAGGGAGCACUUGUAAACCCAGGGACACCAAAGGCAACGCACAUCAUGAUUUUGGGAGGCAUAAACCGGGCCGGGGCGGCGGUGCCGACGUUCUUGCGGACCCCCACGAUGAUCCAGCCCCACCUGGACAUGAAGCCCUUUCUGCAGUUCCCCAUGGACACCACCCCUCCUCCGCACAGCAUGAACCUCUUCCACAACUUCAACACGAUGGAUCCCGUGCAGAAGGCUGUGAUCAACCACACGUUUGGAGUUCCACUGAUCAAGACAAAGCGACCAGUCAUCUCCUGUAACGUCUGCCAGAUCCGCUUCAACUCAGAGAGCCAAGCAGAAGCCCAUUACAAAGGAAACCGGCAUGCCAGGAGAAUCAAGGGCAUCGAGACCUCUAAGAGUCGCCCUCAGGAGGGGGAUAAGCAUCAUACUGUGCCCCCCACCUCCUCCCCGUCUCCGCCCGGAGUCCCUGGAACUGCCCCAGACAGCGAGCCCAGCAAAGCGGAUGAAACACGGCCUCUGUCACAGUUAAAUAGUCCCCUGCUGGCCCCAGGGCCCCUUCUCCCUCUUACCACCCCACCUACCCCACCCAUAGACUCCCCCAUUGCCUCAGUGUGUCCCCUUCUGCCCACCCACACUCCUCCCCUGAUCCCCCCUUCCUCAUCCUCCCCAGGCAUUGCCAGCUCAGAGCAGCCCGGAUCUGGACCCCCAGUUUCAGGAGCUGCCGGCACCACGGCCUCCAGCCCGGCCAAUCCAGAGACAGAAGAGGACAAGGCCAAGAAGCUGCUAUACUGCUCACUGUGCAAAGUGGCUGUCAAUUCCUUGUCACAGUUGGAGGCUCACAACAAAGGUACCAAACACAAAACUAUCUUAGAGGCACGGAGCGGGCUGGGCCCCAUCAAGGCAUAUCCUCGCCUGGGCCCCAAGCCCAUUGGAGAGCAGGCAGGGGGGCCGGUGGACCCCAACACUCAGGAACGAACCUUCCACUGUGAGAUCUGUAAUGUGCGGGUCAACUCUGAACUGCAACUCAAACAGCAUAUAUCAAGUCGAAGGCACCGGGACGGCAUGGCGGGCAAGCCUAACCCCCUCCUCAGCCGACACAAGAAGCACAGGGGAGCUGAUCUGACGUCUUCUUUGACCUUCUCCAAGGAUCUCACCAAAGCUUUGGGUGCUGGGCUCUUGCCCAGCCCCUUGGCUGUUGCUGCAGCAAUGGCCGCUGCAGCUUCCUCGAACCAUCUGGCUCUCCGUGCAGCAGCUCCUGGGCACCACCCGCACCAUCACCUAUUACAAGGCCCGCCUCUUAGCCACGCCAUCCUGAGACCCGCCCCCGGGCCUAUCCGCACCACCCACGGGCAAAUCCUCUUCUCCCCUUACUGACACAUCACCCUCUGACUUUGGCCAGUCAGGAACAGCCACUCCAAAAGCACACUGUGAAGAUACAAACAUGAUCAACAAACAGCAAUUGAUAGGGGGGAAAUUCCAACCAUUUAAAUAUUGAACUGAGAGAAAAGCAAGGGAAAGGAGCAGUGGAGAGGAGUUAAAGUAUAUGUCUUUCUUCCCUUUACCUGAAACUCUCCCUCCAUUUCAAAGACUUCUGAAUGAUCUGCAGAUGGAAUGAGCAGAGGAGAGAUUUUCAUUAUGCAUUGAACUCCCUUGUACAUCUCUCACCUCCCCUGGUUCCUCUCCCUUGCACUGUGGCCCUGCCAUGGCCACCUCGAUAGCUACAGAAGAAACACAUGCACACUGUACUAGAAAGAUUAAACCACAUGUAGUGUUACAUAAUUAUUCUGGGCCAGGUUGGUUUUCUCCUGUCAUCACGGCUCAACGUGUUCUUCUCAUCCUAUGCACCUCAAAAACCAAGACAAUAAUGUUAUGUCAGUAGGGUAGCUGCUUCAAUCAGUCUUUGCUGUAUGCGCCACAUGUAGCUGUGGCAGCCUCCACGGUACAGUCCCCUUCUGCACUGAAGGCCAGCAACUCUUCAGUUUGUGACACUAGGUCUUCGCUAUAUACAACAUGACUUGGGUUGACAGGGAGGUCAUAGCCAUCUGAACAUGUCUGAUGGUGGUGGUGGUGGUGGGGUUAGGAGAGCAGAAAAGUAACUGUGGGGAUUGCACUCCCCUGUUAUUUCCUGAGACGGUGAGGUGAGAGGAGGGCUGGCACAGGUCAGCGGAUUGACCCCAGGCAGCAUGCAGACACACACAGGCCAAAACGAAUAUGUGUUUUAAAAUAGA